AUAGCAAAGAAUCAACCAGAAUUGAGACUGGCAAAAAAUUUGUUGGCUAGGAGUUAUUUAUCAAUUGUAAAGUUUGAAGGCCGUGCAGGGAAUAGGCUUUUUGGUGUCCAAGAGAGAUUCCAGUCCAGCUAUGUUGGCAAUCUGGCUCGCCGAGUACGUGAGGCAGAUGAAGCCAGUGAAGUUGCUCAUCUUAAAAAACUUUAUCGUCGCAAUGAUCCCGAAGCUGUGAUUAGAGCAUUUGAAAGUCAACCAUCUCUGCAGACUAAUCCAGAGGCACUUUCCGAAUACAUUAAAGCAUUAGUCAAAGUUGAUCGGCUUGAUGAAAGUGAAUUACUGAAGACCUUACGCAGAGGUAUGUCUAGUUCAUUGAGGGAAGAAGAAAGUAUAGGAGGUUUUUCUGCUCUUAGAAAUGUGGGAAAACCUACAAAAGAUGGCAUUCUUGGAACUGCAAGUGCCCCAAUUCAUAUGGUGGCAGCAGAAGGUGCAAAUUUCAAAGAGCAGCUGUGGCGCACAAUUCGGUCCCUUUUAGUGGUCUUUCUCUUGAUCUCUGGUGCAGGAGCACUCAUCGAGGAUAAAGGAAUUAGCAAAGGACUUGGCAUGAGUGAAGAAGUCCAACCCAGUGUGGAGUCAAGUACUAAGUUUACUGAUGUAAAAGGUGUUGAUGAGGCAAAGGCUGAACUGGAAGAAAUUGUGCACUACCUCCGAGAUCCUAAGCGCUUUACUCGUCUUGGCGGCAAGCUCCCAAAAGGCGUUUUGCUUGUUGGCCCACCUGGCACUGGUAAAACAAUGUUGGCACGAGCUAUUGCUGGAGAGGCUGGGGUUCCUUUCUUCUCAUGCAGUGGAAGUGAAUUUGAAGAGAUGUUUGUUGGUGUUGGUGCAAGAAGGGUGAGGGAUCUUUUUGCUGCUGCAAAAAAGCGAUCACCUUGUAUAAUCUUCAUAGAUGAGAUUGAUGCUAUAGGAGGAAGCCGAAACCCAAAGGAUCAAAUGUACAUGAAGAUGACUUUAAAUCAGUUACUUGUUGAGUUAGAUGGAUUCAAGCAAAAUGAAGGCAUAAUUGUGAUUGCAGCUACGAAUUUUCCACAGUCAUUAGAUAAGGCAUUGGUGAGGCCUGGGCGGUUUGAUCGUCAUGUUGUUGUCCCCAAUCCAGAUGUAGAAGGAAGGCGACAGAUUUUGGAAUCUCACAUGUCAAAGGUUCUGAAGGCUGAUGAUGUCGAUCUAAUGAUCAUUGCUCGUGGAACACCUGGGUUCUCCGGUGCUGACCUUGCAAACUUGGUUAAUGUUGCUGCUCUCAAGGCUGCCAUGGAUGGUGCUAAAGCUGUAACCAUGAAUGAUUUAGAGUUUGCAAAGGACAAGAUUAUGAUGGGAAGUGAACGCAAGUCAGCUGUUAUAUCCAAGGAGUCAAGAAAGAUGACUGCUUUCCAUGAGGGUGGUCACGCCUUAGUGGCAAUUCAUACAGAUGGAGCACUUCCUGUUCACAAGGCAACUAUAGUUCCUCGUGGGAUGGCUCUUGGUAUGGUUCAUCAAUUGCCUGACAAGGAUCAGACCAGUAUCUCACGAAAACAGAUGCUUGCCCGACUUGAUGUUUGCAUGGGAGGUCGGGUUGCUGAGGAGCUUAUUUUUGGAGAAAGCGAAGUUACUUCUGGUGCAUCCUCAGAUCUUUCUCAGGCAACUAAGUUGGCUAGGGCAAUGGUUACCAAAUAUGGUAUGAGUAGUGAAGUCGGACUCGUUACCCACAACUACAAUGAUGAUGGGAGAAGCAUGAGCUCGGAAACUAGGUUGCUUAUUGAGAAAGAGGUGAAGAACUUGCUGGAGACGGCUUACAACAAUGCAAAAACUAUUCUAACCACCCACAAUAAGGAGCUUCAUGCGCUUGCAAAUGCUCUUCUGGAGCAUGAGACACUCACGGGGAAUCAGAUAAAGGCUUUGCUUGAAAAUGUUAACUCCCAUCAGCAACAGCAAGCACAAACAGUUGAAAACCAAGGCAGUUCACGGUCUAAUCCAGCUGCUGCGGCUGCUGCAGCCGCUGCAGCCGCUGCGGCAGCGACUGCGGCCAAGGCUCAAGGUGUUGCCCCAGUGGGAUCUUAGCAGGAAGAGGCCGGAGUAAGACAUGCACCAAAAUAAUUAUUACCAGAUUUACAUGUGCAUAUUGUAGUUUAUUCUGUUACCCAGGGUUGAUUGAUUUUCGUCCGCUUCAGCCUCUGGAUUGAACUCGUAAUCUGGGUCAAGUUGAUUCCAUAUUGUAGUGAGUCAAAGCUAGCGUAGAAUGCUGUCAUUGAUAUAGUGCCCGUUUGUUUUCCAUUUCUUACCAACCUAAUCACCUUUUUCAGUGGGAAAAAUAAAAAACACGUUUUGUA